ACGAGGUUGGGGGCGGGGCUGGCCUCCAGCCUCUCCUGGGCCCGGACAGCUCCUGCGUACCUCACUUCUUCUCUCCUCACCCAUGCACCUUUCAGGAGGCAGACCUGACUCCUCCUCUGCCUCACCAAGAGGUUCAAGAGUCUCCUAAAGCUUGACAAGCCUUGCCCUCCCCAGACUCAGUUUUGCCUUUUUCAGUGCCUUCUGGCCCCUUCCCGCACAGGCCCCCCGCCCCAGGCAGAGCAGAGGGACUGGUGGGCAGGCACGUCUGGCAGCCAGAGGAAGGGUCCUCAGCAAAGGAGGAAGGGGUGGCUGGAGGGCAGCAUGGUACCUGGCAGCCUGGGGUAGAUGUGGUCAGAUCUGGAAGAGCAGAGCCCAGGACUCCCCAGGUGGAGGGGAGGAUGGUGCCCUGAAUCAAGCAGCCAUACCCCUUCUUACCAUGUCUGACCUGUGGCUGACCUCAGGCUGGGCACUGGGUACCUGUCCCAGGGCCUGUGCAGUGCAGGGUGGCCGUGGCCCCAAAGGAGCCCUGAAGGGCAGGACGGGGCCCACUGCUGGUGGGGGCUGGUCUCACAGCCACAAGACCUCGCGCCCGAGGCCAGCCAUCCCCCACUCUCUUCCUGGGAGGACAUUGUUGGGGAAAACAAACACAAAGUGGCCGGGGCCCUGCCAAGCAUUCCUAGAAGAGGCUAGGGGGAGGGGCAGUGGCCAGACAGCAGCUGACCCUGAGGUCACGGGAGAAGCCAAGGCUGGGCCAGGCCCCUGGCAGCUUGAACAAGGACCCCACCCAGGCAGUUAGGAAAUGGGGAGGAGGGGGGGAGUGGUCAGCAUGCCGGGGGUAGAUGGGCAGGCCCAUUUGGAGACGUGUGGUUCCUGCUUAACUCCCACAUGGCCAUCUGCUGGGAGGGAAGACCCUAGGAGCCCCCUGAGGGGCCCCUACCCACAGGCAGGGCAGCUGGCUGAGCACCAGCUCCUCACAGGCUGCUCCAAGGGAGACCCCCCCCCCCCCAGUAUUGCCUGCAGCCCCAGCUCUGCUCCACCCAGCCCUGCAGGGGGAUGGGAAGAUGGGCGGGUUGGGAAGAUGGGGGUAUGGGCCCCUGUUGUCCCUUAGAGCUGCACCCCGGGCCACCUUGCACCCUGAAGAUGCGUCAGGGCAGAUGCAGCCCCCAGCCUGUCCCCUGUGCCAUCUGCACCCUGGGCCCCAGUGCUGAUGCUGGCAGCCCGGCAGGAGGGGGUUAAUGGAGCUGGGGCCAGCAGGCUGGGCUGGCCAGUGACAAGGGUGCUGGCUGUCCCAGAGGCAGUGGGGAAAUCCAGAGGGCAGGAGCAGCCGGCCCCAACAGACGCGCCCCACUCCCUGCCCGCCUGCGGACUGCUCUGCACGAGGGAUGGCCCUGAGGAGAGGAGGCCCGGCCCUGGUGGUGCUGCUAGUCUCCUGGGCAGUGCUGGGCUCCCACAGCCUGGAGGAAGUGGAGUCUGCGGCACCAGCAGACCCUGAGGGCCCCCAGUGCCCAGCCAUCUGCUCCUGUGGCCACGACGACUACACAGAUGAGCUCAGCGUCUUCUGCAGCUCUCGGAACCUCACGCGGCUGCCCAGCGGCAUCCCGGACGGCACCAGGGCCCUGUGGCUGGAUGGAAACAACUUCUCCUUCAUUCCCGCGGCCACCUUCCGGAACCUCUCCAGCCUGGGCUUCCUCAACCUGCAGGGCAGCGGGCUGGCCAGCCUGGAGCCGCAGGCGCUGCUGGGCCUGCAGAACCUGUACCACCUGCACCUGGAGCGGAACCAGCUGCGCAGCCUGGCAGCCCGCACCUUCCUGCACACGCCGGGCCUGGCCUCGCUCGGCCUCAACAACAACCUGCUCAGCCGGGUAGACGAGGACCUCUUCAGGGGCCUUGCCCACCUCUGGGACCUCAACCUGGGCUGGAACAGCCUGGCCGUGCUGCCCGACACUGCAUUCCAGGACCUGGCCAGCCUACGCGAGCUAGUGCUGGCGGGCAACAAGCUGGCCUACUUGCAGCCCGCGCUCUUCUGCGGCCUCAGUGAGCUCCGCGAGCUGGACCUGAGCAGGAAUGCCCUGCGGAGCGUCAAACCCAAUGUCUUCGUCAAGUUGCCCAAGCUCCAGAAGCUCUACCUGGACCACAACCUCAUCACCGCUGUGGCCCCAGGUGCCUUCCUGGGCAUGAAGGCGCUGCGCUGGCUGGACCUGUCACACAACCGCGUGGGUGGCCUCCUGGAGGACACCUUCCCGGGGCUGCUGGGCCUGCACGUUCUGCGCCUCUCACACAAUGCCAUCGCCGGCCUACGGCCCCGGACCUUCAAGGACCUUCACUUCCUGGAGGAGCUGCAGCUUGGCUACAACCGUAUCCGGCAGCUGCCGGAAGAGGCCUUCGAGGGCCUGGACCAGCUGGAGGUGCUGGCGCUCAACAACAACCAGCUACAGGAGCUCAAGGCAGGCGUCUUCCUGGGCCUCUACAACCUGGCCGUCAUGAACCUCUCUGGCAACUGUCUGAGGAACCUUCCAGAGCAGGCAUUCCAGGGCCUGGGCAAGCUGCACAGCCUGCACCUGGAGGGCAGCUGCCUGGGCUGCCUCGGCCCACACACCUUCACCGGCCUCUCGGGGCUGCGCCGGCUCUUCCUCAAGGACAACGGCAUUGCGGCCAUCGAUGAGCAGAGCCUGGGGGGGCUGGCCGAGCUGCUAGAGCUGGACCUCACCUCCAACCAGCUCACGCACCUGCCUGGCCAGCUCUUCCAGGGCCUCAGCCACCUGGAGUACCUCCUCCUGUCCCGCAACCGGCUGUCUGCGCUAUCGGUGGAUGCCCUGGGGCCCCUGCAGCGCAUCUUCUGGCUGGAUGUGUCGCACAACCGCCUGGAGGCGCUGCCUGAGACUGUGCUCGCGCCACUGGGGCGGCUGCGCUACCUCAGCCUCCGGAACAACUCGCUGCGGACCUUUGUGCCGCAGCCCCCCGGCCUGGAGCGCCUGUGGCUCGAGGGCAACCCCUGGGACUGCGGCUGCCCCCUCAAGGCCCUGAGGGCCUUCACCCUGCAGCACCCGGGCGUCGUGCCCCGCUUCGUCCAGGCCAUGGCAGAGGGAGAUGACGGCCACCAGCCGCCCGCAUACGCCUACAACAACAUCACCUGCGCCAGUCCCCCCAGCAUCUCGGGCCUUGACCUGCGCGACAUCGGCGAGGCCCACUUUGCCCACUGCUGACCCGAAGCUGCCCUGCGGUCUGGACGGGCCCUUGCCACCCCAGGGGACAUGGACCUGGGACCUGUGGGCCCCAGCCUGGUCCCUGAGGGCCUGACCGGGAGGGUCGGGGACACAGCCUCCCCAACUAUCAAUUAAAAGCAACCCAAUAAAUGUGGCCACGUA